CUUUCCUCAAGCUCUUCUUCACAACCAACAACAAUUCUCCUACAACUUCCACUUCCACCACCGACCACCUCACAACCACAACCACUACCAAAAUGACCUCCCUAACAACCCACCUCCUCAACCUCAACCCCUCCGCCCUCCACACCUCAACCACCCACCCCUUCCUCCACUCCGCCGGCACCUCCACCCUCUCCAAAGCCACCCUCUCAGCCUGGCUCUCCCAAGACCGUCUCUACGCGCAAUCCUACGUCCGCUUCAUCGGUCUCCUCCUCUCGAAAAUUCGUCUCCCUUACACAACCACUGCCAGCGGCCCCGCCCCUCUGGAAUCCCGCAUCCUCUCCCUCCUCACCUCCGCCCUCCUCAACAUCCAACGCGAACUCACCUUCUUCGAGACCGUCGCCGCCGAAUACAAUCUCGAUCUGCAAGUACCCCCACGGGGCGCGACCACCUUCGGUCCUAGCGAAGCGACGCACGCAUACACGGAUUUGUUCCUUUCCUCGGGCUCGAGCGGCGUGACGUUGUUGGAGGGGUUAGUGGUGUUGUGGGCUACGGAGGUGUGUUAUUAUAAGGCGUGGGGAUAUGCCAGGGGGGUUAUGGAGAAGGAGAAUAAGGGUGGAGAGGGAAGAAAUGAUGCGGAUGGCGGUGCUUUGAGAGUGCAGUUUAUUCCUAAUUGGACGAGUGAGGAGUUUGGACGCUUUGUGGAUGAGAUUGCGGGGUUGGUGGAUGAGGUUGCUGCGGGUGUUGCGGGUAAUGAGAGGGAGGAGCUGUUGGGGAGGUGUGAGCGGUGGUGGAGGCAGGUUGUUUGGUUGGAGGGGAUGUUUUGGCCGGAGGUUUGAGAAUUGAUAUGGGUUCUAUGGAGGGUAUAAUAAAUGUGUAUGGUCGAAAAAAAAUGGUGUGUCGGGGGUAUAUGAGCUUGGGAUCCGAUUGGGAUGGAUGUAUAUACUGGGUUGGACUGGUUACUGUUAAAAUUUGCUAUACGGGGUCACGAUGCUGUGACUGAAGGCUGUUAGAUCUCGAUUGGAGUCUCAGUGGGGUUUAAUAUCCUCAAAAUACUGUGCUCUCAUCGAGUUUGAUGAUCCCAGUACCAUCGGUCCCCCACUUUGAGAGGCAACAUUAAUGAAGGGAGGUGUGGGCCGCAUCGAGGAUAUUCGAUGGGUGUCGAUAAAUUUUCCAUAUAUG